AUGAAGUCACAGAGGAAGGAGGACUCGAAGGCGAAUGUAAGGGUGGUGGAGAUCUUUGCUACUCACAAGAACAUGUGGCAGGUGGAGGAGAGGCGACUACUGCAACAUAUCGACGCUGUGAAUGAGGAGAUGGCGAGUUUGAGAUCCAAGAUUGAGGAAAUGGAGAGGGAGAAGGCGGAAUCGAAGAGGAUAGCUGAGGAACUUGAGGAGAUAAUUGGGUUUAUGUCUAGAAGAGUAGGCUGUGAGUUUGAAGAAGAAGAGGACCAAUUUGGUGGGUGUGGGAGUAGGAAUUUUACGGUGGGGAUGAUGGUUAGAAUUGUAUUUUCGGAUUCACCUGUUCCUCUUUUGCAAAGUCCAAAAACGAGUCCAGUGAGAUCCCUCAUAUUCUGGGAAAGUUACAAUUUCUCUAGAGGGCUCAACUCCCUCAAAUAUGUUGGAAACCUUGCGGGAUUCUUUUCACUUGUUCUCAAUGCCUCGGAUCAAGAAGACUUGACUUUUCCAAAUUUCAGAAGAACUUUUCCUACUGUUUUGAGUUUCAGUGUCCCUAGCUAUUUUUGUCAUGUGCCAAAUGUGGUGAUGCUGAUUACUAUUGAUGGUUUUAGUCUGAGCUUUGUUGUUUGGACUGCUUUUGUUGCUGAACUUCAGCAUAAAGGAUUUUUCGUAAAUGCAUAUGCAAAUGACUUAUGUAGCAUGAGUUUGGAUGAGGGAGAUAACUCCAUGGAAAUAACAGAAGAUGGAGAAGAAGAGAGAGAGAAAUGUCGUCAUUCUUUUGUUGAGGUUUACAAUGAACAAAUCACAAAUUUGUUGGAUCCAAGCCAAAGAAAUCUUCGGAUAAGAGAAGAUGUCAAAUCUGGUGUUUAUGUUUUAAAUUUGAUAGAGGAGUAUGUAUGCACAAUGAAGGAUGUCACACAACUACUAAUAAGGGGAUUGUCAAAUAGGAGGACAAGUGCAACUAGUAUAAAUGCAGAAGGCUCACGCUCACAUAGUGUUUUCACUUGUGUUGUUGAAUCUCGAUGCAAGAGCAAGGCAGAUGGUAUAAGUAGGAUUAAAACAAGUAGAAUAAAUCUUGUCGAUCUAGCUGGGUCAAAAAGACAGAAAUUAGCUAGUGCUGCCGGAGAACACGUGAAAAAAGUUGGAAAUAUUAAUCGUUCUCUCUCACAGCUUGGAAUGCAGCUAGAUGUCAAAGAGGGGAAUGAGAGCUCAAAUCUUCAGUUGGCAGUGGAGAAGGUUUUGGUAGGAGCCAUUAGGAGGGAAAUGGCACUAGAGGACUUCUGUGCCAAGCAAACUUCUGAAAUUAAGCACCUUAAUCAUUUGGUGCAACAGUACAAACAUGAGAGAGAAUGCAAUGCCAUUAUAGGACAGACAAGGGAGGAUAAAAUUCUGCGCCUUGAAAGCCUUAUCAAUGCUUCUAAAGGAAAAAUGGAAGUGUUUUUGGAAGGGAUUCAAGAUUUAAGAAGCGAGUUACAAUACUACAUAGACUCUUCUUCAUUAUCUGCUCGAAAACAAAACUCAAUUUUGCAAUUGACUUAUUCAUGUGAUCCCAAUCUAGCCCCACCUCUGACUACAAUCCCAGAGUCAGCCGAAAAUAGUGCUGAGGAGAAAAUUGAAUGAGAAAGAUUCCACUGGACUGAGGUAGAGAGCAAGUGGAUAUCUCUUGCAGAAGAAUUGAGGAUCAAACUUGAAGCUAGCAGGUCCUUAGCAGAAAAGCAAAAACAGGAACUUGAUGCUAAAAAGCAAUGUACAGAAGAGUUGAAGGAAGCAAUGCAGAUGGCUAUGGAGGGACAUGCACGCAUGCUAGAACGGUGUGCAGAUAUUGAGGAAAAGCAUAUUCAAUUGCUUACAAGGCACAGAAAGAUUCAGGAAGGAAUAGAUGAUGUUAAGAAAGCGGCUACUAGAACAGGAGUAAUGGGUGCUGAAUCUAAGUUCAUAAAUGCUCUUGCAGCUGAAAUUUCAGCAUUGAAAGCUGAAAAAGAGAAAGAGAGAAGAUAUCUCAGGGAUGAGAAUAAAGGGCUUCAAGCUCAAUUGCGGGAUAUUGCUGAAGCUGUACAAGCCGCAACUGAAGUACUUGUACGACUCAGACAAGCAGAAGAAGCUGUUGCAGCUGCCCAGAAGCAAGCUAUAGAAGCUGAACAAGAAACUGCAAAGGCAUACAAACUGAUUGAUCAAUUGAAGAAAAAACAUGAAAUUGAUAUUAGGACUCUUAAUGAAAUCAUAGUAGAGCCUCGUCUACCCAAAGAAGCAAUACAACCUAUUUAUAAUGAUUCUGAUGUGGCCAAGUACAAUGUAAAAGAGCCUCAUGACGAAGGUGAUCAGCAAUGGAGAGAGGAAUUCAAGCUAUUUUAUAUUGAAGACAGAGAGUUAUCGAAACUCGCAGAACCCUCAUCAUGGUUCUCUGGUUAUGAUCGAUGCAAUAUAUAG